AUGCAAAUCACACUCGUGGCCACAGUGUACUGGUCUGUAAAACCUGAACCCAUCGACCAGCCGCUUUCCAAAGAUCUGAUAAAGGUUGUCUAUUUGAGACAUUUAAUUACAGAGAGGGUGUCUUCGAGCCUGAAUUGCAAACGUUUGCAAAUUUUUAUUUUACGCGGCGAAUUAAAUUCCAGUAUUUGUUUUUCAAAUUUCAUGGUGGAGGCCAUUUAUCAUCUUGAAAUUAUCAUAACUCGACACCCUCUCUUUUGUCUAAAUUUCAUUCUCGUUCUGUCCACAAAAGCAUUUCCUAAUUUGUCCCAAUCUCAAGUAGAAACACUGUAUUACAAUCCUGCUUUGUGGGACUACGGUUGGAAAAGCUCGAAAAAGAUUUACGAAAUUAAACAGCAUUAA